AUGACUCUUCAUCUUACCGCUCAAGUUCCAUCCGUAUGGAUCGUGCUGACAGACACGACUGACAGGUACUCGGCUUCGGUGAUAAUGGCCCUUGCCUAUGGGCGGCACCCGAAGUCUUACGAAGACCCCGAUGUGCGGGCUGUUUACCGCUGCCUCACGCGUCUGGGCGUCGCACUUCGCCCAGGUUCCUGGAAGGUCGACGCUUACCCGUUUCUCAAGUACAUCCCGGGCUAUCUAAAGGAGCUUCAAGAUGGGUAUACUGAGGAGCGUGCCCUCUUCAAACGUCUGCUGAACGAAGUCAAAGCUAAAAUUGAACGCAAGGAAGUCAUCCCAGAGUCAUUCGGAAAAUACAUCCUCGAACGACAAGCUGAACUCGAGCUGUCAGACGACGAAACGGCCUAUCUCGCCGGGUCGAUGUUUGGUGCAGGCACCGACACGUCCGCUUCUGCCAUCUCGAUCGUGGUUAUGGCAUCGGCGUGUUACCCUGCCGCACAGGCUCGGGUCCAGGAGGAGCUUGACGUGGUGGUUGGACGGGAGCGGGCUCCGGAGCUGGACCUGAUGAGCAUCGGUGCGAGGGAGCACGGGAAGCUACCACAGCUGAUGGCGUUUGUGCUAGAGACCUUCAGGUGGAGGCCUGUUUCUGCUGGUGGGUUCCCGCAUAAGGCAAUGAAGGACAUAGUCUGGAAUAACUAUCUGAUUCCCAAAGGUGCGACCGUCAGCGGUAAUGUGUGGUCUGUUGGACGCGACCCUGCAUAUUUCCCUGACCCGGAGAAAUUCGACCCGCAGCGGUGGCUGAACACCGAGGGCAAGAUAAAGGACGACCUACGCUCGUUCACGUUUGGGUUCGGAAGGAGAGUGUGUCCUGGGCAGCAUCUGGCUACCACCUCUGUAUUCCUCAACACCUCUCUUCUCUUCUGGGCGUUCAACAUCAGGAAGGACCCUUCGUCGCCCAUCGACGAGCUUGCGUUCACCAAGUCGGCGAACGCCCACCCACUGCCGUUCAAGGUGAUCUUCGAACCUCGAGCUGCGAGCUCGAUGGAUGGCAUCAAAGCGCUGUUGGAAGAUUACGGAAUGUAG